ACAUCUGAGACACUUUAACUAAUGCAAUGCUUGGAAGUGGUAAUGACAGUUGUAAUCGUGGUGUUAUACUUUGCUCAACGACUUAUUAACGGGAUGCUAUAGUACAUGAAUAAGUGGUAAAUUAUUUAAUCUCCAUAAUAUUAGCUUCCGUAGUUCACCGCUAUAUUGUAUAGUUUAUGCUCAUUUAUUAUACAAAAACAAAACACUUGAGGUUUUUAAAUGAUCGAGAAAACGAAUAAAUACUAUGUAGAAUUUACAGACGAGAAGAUGAUUAAUUUUUCAAACAAUGGCAAUAUUUCAAUGUCAGUGUCUACCGACUUUACUAGUUACUGGAGCGCAGAGUAUGUUAUUCUGGCUGUCUACCUUGGAGUGUUUUCUAUUGUUGGAAUACUUGGGAACAUUCCGGUACUGAUAGUGUACUUUCACAGGAAGGAACAGUCUGCCUCUAACACUUUUAUCAAAGCUCUGGCUAUUUUAGAUCUUAUUGUUUGCUCAAUGAUAAUGCCAUAUACUAUGAUUUAUGAACUACACCUUGUUCAAACUGACGUUGUUUGUAGAACUUUUGAAUUCACGCGCCAUUUUGCAAUAUUUGCAUCUAAUUUGACACUAGUUGCUAUCGCUGCUGAAAGAUACAUUGCUGUAUGUCGUAUUACUCAUAAAAUGUCUGUGAAAAAUGUACAACACGGUAUGCUUUUCAUCUUCGUCCUCAGUUGUGCUUCUGCUGGACCGUCGAUUGGGAUUUUUACUGUAGUUUCUGACUACGAAGUCCGUGAUGUGAAAUGUAAAUUCCACCAUGAUCUGACUGAUGGUAAAUUCUGCCAUUUUACGUACUCUUUGUAUGGACAAGUGUAUGCUGUAAUUUAUCAAGGUGUUCUCAUGGUGUUUUUCUUUGUUAGUUUGAUAAUUAUUGUCAUUUUCUAUAUUAUUAUUUACAUGGUGCUUUGGCAACGAACAAAAUUCCGGAAGAGAGCUUUAUCAAGAAGCCCGCAAGGUCCGGAAAUAUCGGAAAUACGUUCGUCUCUUUGUGACAAACAAAAACAUGAACACAUCGAUACUGAAGUUAGUAGGACCUAUGAAUUUGACAAUGAAGAUUCCGAAGUUAUAACUAAAGACAUACAAGUCUUAAAUAACAAUUCAAAACUGAAUUCCAAGAAAAGAAAGGCUGAAAAAAUUAGACGAAUUUUUCACCAUCGGACAGCAAAGAUGCUUUUCUUAUGUACAGUUAUUUAUUUAUUGACAUGGCUGCCAUUUUGGAUUGAUAUUUUUGGACUUACAAAUAACUUAGUUUUCAGAUAUCUUUUUUUCAUAGGAAAUGCAACCAAUCCAAUUGUAUACGGAAUUGUAAACGGUCAAAUUCGGAAAGAAUUUCACAAUCUCUUGUCACGAUGUUGUAUAGGCAAACUGUUUGGAGUAAAAUCAAGGAGUUCUUUUUCCGUAUAAUUUGCUAAGCAGGUAAACACUUUGAUUGUUAUUUAUUUAAAAUGAUAAGACUUGACAUCGUAAUCAUAAACGCCAUUUUGAUUUGAAAAUGUUUUACUCAAUGUUUUAGAAUAUUGUUUUCGGUUAUCAAAAGUGUAACAUUACUUUGGUUUACCACUUGUGACAGUUUAUUCAUUAUUUUAUAAAAAGCUUAUCAGUACCUACAUAAUUCAAUCUUAACGGACAAUAUUGUGUGUUUUAAUCAAAAUUCGUUGUCCUGCUAACAAUUGGACCUUUUGCUUCAACGAAAUGUAUAUUAUUUCUCUAAUGAACAAUUAUAACUUAUUGUUUUGUUAAACAUUCCUAAGAUUGUUUAUUGUUAUUGUUUAUAAUCAUAUUGAAUAUUAAAUAUUUUGUCUACUA